AUGGAUUUAUUCUUCUCCCCUAAAAGAAACUUGGAUGUAGGGAGUUUGGUGUUGGUAAAGAGCAGUGACAGUCAUCUGGAACCCAGGUUUCUUCUGUCUUUCAAUACUGCAGUUCUUAGUGCGUGGUCAGAAGUGGCUGCUGGAGCUCCAGCCAUUGUAUUCAUACCUCAUGUGGAAAGCGGGAAUGGCAAAAUUUGGUCUGUCAUUAGCUGGCAUUUAGUCACUUGUCCAUACGUAUUUGCCAGGAGACUUGGAAGGGUGGAUUUUCAGCUGGGCACAUUGCCAGCAAUUCUGGUGUAA